AUGUCUCCCCUCCUCACCAUCUCCCCUCGCGCGCCCCCCGCGUCCUACGCAUCCCUCCCCUCAACGUACCCGCACCCCUCCCACUUCACCCCCGCCCCAUCCACCCCACACACCCUCCCCACACCCCACCCGCGCGUCAUCCCCGCGACCCCCGGACCAGCACCGACGCCGCCCGCGCACCCCGUCGCGCACCCGCACUACGACAUCCCGGGCGCACCACGGCACACCGCGCGAACACCGCCGUCGCCGUACACUGUCUCGCAGAACACCGUACUGCCGUACGCCCUGCUCGGGAUAUUCGGCGGGCUCGCUGUGCUCGCUAUUGUGUACUUUGGGUGCAGGACGCCGGCUCGGCGGUCUGCGGCGCCUCUGUCCCAUGGUCACGGUGGGGAGGGGGCAGAAGAGUUUGAGCAUAAGGUGACGCUGAAGGGGCUGGCGACGCCAGAGUUGUGCCGCGAUGAGGCGGCUGAGAGCGCUGCACAGGAAACAAAGGCGCAUCCACUAGCGUUCUGGACGCGGUGGACCGCGAGACGGUCCGGUGCUGCGCCGGGUCGUGAUUCAGACGCGAAUCGUCAGGUUGACAGCUCAUUCUCAGAUAGAGACGAAAAGUUCUCGAUGUCGUCCGGCUUCUCCACCCCGGAGCCCGUGGUGCUCCCCGACUUCCCCAAGCCCGUACAUCACUCGGAGACCCUAUCUUCGCUCUCGCAUAAUACUUACGCGUAUUGGGCGGCGCCGCUUCCUGGAAACGAGCGUCGCUGA